CAGUACAAAUACGCGUGUUAUUGUAUGGCUGCGCAUACCUGCGAGGUUAAGGAUUGCUGAGCUGUAAUGGUGCCACUAGUAGCAACAGUCUUGCUUUUUGCCCACUUUCUUUCCUGCACUAAGGCGACAGACCAGCAAGUACCUUUAAACUUACCAAUAGGCCUUGCGGAAGCACAACAGGGCUGGAUAUACUUUAACGAGGUAACCGGAGCCAUUCAACGUGAGGACCCAGGGAACACGCCUUACGAGGACGAAGCGGGCAAUAGGUACUGGCUAUCACUAAACGGGGAGCGCGUUAACGAGGACCCUGAACGCUACAAGUGGACUUGGGUUGAGAUAUGGUCGCCCGACUCGCGCCGACACUUCUACUACAAUCAGCAGACGCGUGAGUCCGUAUGGGACAGGCCGCCCGACCUGGCAUGGAGAAGGCUGCGCUUGGAGCCAGAUGAGUACCGGUAGCAGCAUGCCCGGGGUUGAAGCGUAGCGGCCGAGCGCGCCACUGUCAGCGAAAAAUGAGGCGGAUGGGGCUUAUGAAAAUGGUGGUGGCGAUAUGUUGGGCCUACUGUUAUGCAUUCUUGGCUUGCUAACCCAGCUGAGCAACAAGUCGGCAUGUGCAAGGCAACUUGCUCCAUACCGACGAUGUGCAUUGGUAGAUGGAAGUUAGCGAACGUUUAUACUAAAUAACGGCCAGCUUCUUGUGUAAGCGGCAACCCUCGAAUCUAGCGUAAUCUAGGUAUCUAGCUGCACGUUCAGCUGGGUUCGUUCCAGCCAGGAGUCUAUUCGCGACUUUCCGCAUUGCCGUGUUGCAGCAAUUUACACAUACGUAAAGCUUAGUAGUGUUUCAGCUAUUUGCACCUUGUCCAUACUUGGUGCGACGCGCUAGCCAUACCAAGUUGCGUCUGAAACCGUGAAUGAGGGCGUUUUCUUGGGAGUAAAUAGCGAGGAUGGCCAAGCAACCAAGUUAUGAAGCGCUCAUCGCGCAGAUUCAACGCCAGCAUCAUGUUGACGUCCCGGUGCACGAGAGUUACGCCGACGUUUUUAACCAGACAUCGAAGCUUGUCGAUCAGCUCAAGAGGAGCGUAAACUGUCCUGUGGAACGAGAAAGACAAAGUGAAAUAAGAGUGGCCGCACAGGGAUGGCACGAGUAUUCCUCGUUCGGCCGGCAAGGAGGUGGCCACGUUGACAUCCUUGACUGGCAGCCGCGUUACUCCGACACCGAAGGGAAACGCGACUCCACCGCGCCCACCACCCCAGCCCGCGCCCUCCGCACAACCGCCAGCGUAGACUCGCACUCCUUCUCCCCGCACUUCCUCACCCCCACAUCCAGCUCUCGGCGCCGCAGCAUCACAUCGCCCUUUAACCGCCGCAGCACAGCCAUCAACACCAACACCGCCGCUACGGAGGCCCCGGCUGCUUCCGCCCGAACCAACUGCCGCAGUGCCUGGUCUCCCCCCGGAGACCCCCAUGCCAGCCAGCACCCUCAUCCCGCCAGCGCCCGUCCACUGCGGGCCGGCAGGGCUGCUGCGGCCUCCGACGCCCCGCUCCCCCCGGCUCCUACCGGGAAGGACCACUCGGGCACCAGCUCCCCUCAGUCCCAACCUGUCCCGCAACGUCAGCAGUACCAAGCAGCUGCAGCCGCUGCCGUACCCAGCGACAGCGCGGCCGCUACCUCCAGCAGCGCCGCUAAUCCUGCUGCUGCUGCUGCGGCGGCGGCGGCGGCUGGCACCUCCUCGGCUGGUGCAGCAGCUGCUGCUGCUCCCGGCAUCGGCCGGCUGGCUGCCGCCCGGGGUGCGGCCCUGCGGCCCAUCAGCCUCUCGCAGCUCGGCUACCAAAGCCAACAGGCAGCCCUGCAGGCCCAGCAACAACAGCAGCGGGUCGUGGUCGUACAGUCGCAGGGCCGGGUCGCGAGCCAGAGAGGUUUCAGCUCCGCACCUAUUCCGUUGGCCAGUUCCGCGCCUAUCUUGGGCGCCAGCUGCGCGCCUACCGGUAGCAGCUCCAGUGGACCCGCUGAGGGGCGCGAGUCGGCCGCCGGGUGCCCGGUGCAGCCGCAGACGCCGGCGGGGGAAGGCGAGGGCGAGGGGCAGGGACAGGCGCAGGCGCGGCAGGAGGGAGGCCCGGAGCAGGGAAGCUCGGCAGGGGGAGGAGACGGAGUAGUAGUAGGAGGACGGCGGCGGGCGUUACGUGCAGACGACAUCAUCCGCGACUUCGCCCGCACCGCCUACGACGCGGGGGAGGUACGGCACUCGCUGCUGCUGCAGCCCGCACCCGACCCCUGCGAGGCCUCCGCGCUGCCCCUUCACCCCGCCUGCAACGACCUCCUCCACCACCACAACCACCACAACUACUCGCAGCACCAGCCUGCAGGGGGCCUGCAGUUCCCGCAAGACGAGGAGGCCGCUGCUGCUGCUGCUGCGGCUGCGCCCCUGCCGCUGGCGCCCGUGCCGCGCACCGCACCCAGGCAUGUGUCGGAGGCGCUACAAGCCAUGGCGGCUGCGGCUGCGGCGGCGGCGGCGGCUGCGGCUCCGGGUACCUCGAGGGUGCCAUCCUCCACUGGCAUGCAUGCCGGGGGUGUCGCGGAGACCAGCCCCGGGGGCCGCAGCCCCGGCCAGUGUCACCCAGGUGCCAUCAGAGAAGCCCCGGCGCACCCCGCUUGGGUCGCACCCGCCGGGGUGUCGGGCGGUGUGAAGCCGUACACGUCAGCACCCGCCGCCACAGCGGUUGCGACUGUGUACCCCCUCCGUGACGCCUCCCCAACCUCCCCACAGCGGCAGCAGCACAACUGGCCGCCGCCCAGGGCGCCCAUCACUCGCAGCGGCGGCGGCGGCGGCGGCAGCUGUGGCGGGGCUACACCGGCACCUAGCUACGCCGCUGUGAAGGAGGCUGCAGCCUGCGGGCUCCGAAACCACGCCCAUGCAAGCUCUCUUAGCGGACCACCCUCGCCGCCGUCAUCCCCUGGCGGAGGCAGGGCUGUCGUCGCCGAGGGCUGUCGUACUUUGAUGACGUCGAUGUCGCAGCCGGCGCGGCGGACCGCCGUGGCGGCGGUGCUGCUGUCUGACACGCGGCGGCGGACCUCCGGCGGCAGCGCUGGCGGAGCCGUCAGCGGCGGCGGCAAUCCGCCUUUGCUCGUUGAACCCAGCGGCGGCAGCUUUGGCGGCAGCGGCGGCGGCGGCGGCAGCGGCGGCGGCGGCGGCACGGGCCCCACAGCCCGUGUUGCCUGCGGUGGCAGCGGCCUCACGUCGCCUGGCGUGCGAGGCAGUCGGAACACGGCUGCGCACGUAUUCGCGCCUGUUGGCUGUGGUGGCGGCGGCGCCAGCGGCGGCGGCAGUGUCAUUCCUAGCGCUGGCGGCACCAUUGGCGGAGCUCCCGUCAGUGACGGCGGCGGCGGUGGCGGCGGACCGCUUGACCACCGCCUCCUGGAGUCCUCACCCCGACUGGGGAUGCCUCUGGAGCCAACCAGGGUGAGGACCAACGGCGGUGGCGGCGGAUUAGUCACGACGGGUAAGGUGCCGACAGCGUAUGGGGCCCCGACGGCGGCGCCAGCGGAUCCAUUUGCGGAGGUACGGCGCAGCAUGCACGUCAUGCCGGCGGGUAUGGCCGCCGUGCGGGGCUCUCUGCGCCCCGCUACGGCCUGGUCGAGCGGCAGCGGCGGUAACGGUAACGGUAACGGCCAGAGUGGCGGCGGCAGCGGUGUUCCCGGCGCAUUGGAGGUGGUGGGCGCAAGGUUUCAACGUACCCGGCGCAUCAGCUGCUCAGGGGCGAUGGAGCCGGCCGGCGACGUGGACAGUAUAAUGGGGAGCGGCUGCGGAUUGGGUACGGAGGUGGUGGCGGCGGGUGCGAGGCUGGGUUAGGUGGUGGGCGGCGGCGGCGGCCCUGGAUGCCCCGCGUGUAUGCGACUGAUGUGUACAUGUGUUAUUGUUUAAUUGCUGUUGUUGAUGUUGCUAAAACGCCUAUUUCGCAACCAUGCUUCGUCUUGAUUUAUUUCUACUUGUUCUGCGACGCAUCUCGUUGCUGCGUUUUGAAGUUAUGACCUACUAGUGACACGUUACGUUGUAUGACAUCGCGCGAAGAAGACGCAAGCAGGCGCCGCAGAAAGGCGCUAUGCUUAAUAUGUUUCAUGUACCGCCGCGUUUUUGUGGAAUUAGCACCGGGUUGCAGCUUGACAGUGACUCUGCUCGUCUUCAGUUGAGACCACCGGGACCGGGACUAUGAUUUGGAUUCAUGACAAUGAAACUCGCGUUCGUCGAAUAUCUUUAUCUGCCGCUACAUACCGACGAGUCGGUACGGCACUAUUGCAAUUUGUAUACAGAGUUGUCGCGAGACGACAUCGUUGUGUGACUCUUGUGGGGGGGAAGGGAGGAGGGGAGUAACAGGAGGUCACAGCUCACAGGUCUCUCGGACCACGGGAAGUCCUCAGUGGUUUUCGUGGAAGGUGGUUGCGGUGGUUGCGAAGCCGGUGGUGCUGCGCUAGGUGCCCGGUAGCAGACAACUGUGCCGCUGGGCCCCCUCUAGGGCGCUACCAUGGGUAUGGUAUUCUGAAGCUUGUUGUUGUGCAAGUUGUAGCAAACAUAGGCAGCGGCCUGAAGAUAAUGGUUGGCGGAAGCAGGGGCGAGUGCGCGUUUCUUACAUGGGGAUACACCCGUAUUGCCCUGGACAAGUCACGUGCGGCAGGCUGUGCAUCGGGACCUUCCCGAACAGCACGACAGCGUGCCCUAAGGGCGCUACUACCACCGCUGUUGCUGCAAGUACAUGCAUGUGUAGUCGAACUGAACCAGGGGUCCUGUAUCAUAGACGGCGAAAACAUGGGAUGUUUUAAAGCACAAGCCAACCCGCCACGCCUCCACAGACCGCGGUGGCCCUCGCUCCUAAGAGGGCUAUAACAUCCCAUUCCUAGCUGUCUACGUAGUCCAUCCUACGCAGUUAUUGAAAAGGACUUUGUCCCUCGUACCAUGAAUGCGCUACCGAAACUGCCGGGUCAGUGCGGGGUGCACUCUCACGUCG